AUGGGAAACGACGGCGGUGUGAUCGCCGUGAAGCGAAAGUUUAUGCGCCACGCGAAUGUCAAGUCGCGUGGAGAGCAGGCUGAACAGGAAGUGCUCCGAUUAGAGAAGUCGCGUACUUGUGCUCUGUCCUCAGAGCAGUUACGUGAGCCCGUAGUAGCAUGUCGUCUUGGUAAUUUGUUUAAUAAACAGGCACUGCUAGAAAAUUUGCUUGCCAAGUCGAUUCCCGAAAGGUUCUGCCACAUCACAUCUAUCAAAGAUGUCGUCACUUGCCGUGUGAUGUACGACAAGGAAGAAGAGAACGCACUCUGGUGCUGCCCCGUCACAAUGAUUGAAUUUAAUGGUAAGCAGCCCUUUGCAGUGAUAUUUACUUGUGGAUGUGUGCUGUCGGAGCGGGCGCUUAAAACAAUAAGUACGGAAGAGUGUCUUGUGUGCGGUAAAACAUUCGGAAAGCAGGACAUUGUGAUGCUAAGUUUGAAUGAUGAGCAUUACGAGGCGAAGCAGAAGAAACUAUUAGAGGUCAAAGCAGCUGAAAAACGGGGUAAAAAGAACAACAAACCAACACAAGAAAAAUAUAAGGAAUACGGUGAUCACGAGCAUACAAAAACACAGGAGGGAAAGAAGCGGAGAAGAAUAGCGAAAAAAUUGUCAGAAACAAAGGAUGUGCGGCUCGUCAAGAUUGCCGAAGACGCCAGUAAAUCCAUUUAUGAAGCCAAAGAGAAAAGUCAAGUGUUUGCAUCUCUUUUUACGAAGAGUAAAAAUAAAAAGGCGAGUGCAAAUGAUCUGCUCAUGACAGUUGGUGGAAUGCGCUACACGCUAUCAUGA